AUGACGCAUACAUUCUAUCACCAUCACAAUCAUGGUCGUUUAAAACAAGAUUUUGGUAUAAAAAUUAAUUGUAAAAAACAAACAAUUAAAACAAAAUAUUUUACCGGCACCCCAUUAUAUUCAAAAGCAAUAAUUGAACGUUUAAAAACACAUCGAAUUAGUGAAGAUUUUCAGUCAGUUGAAUUAUGUAAUUUAGAUUAUCAUUCAGAACGUGAUCCACAUAUUGAUGAUGUAUGGAUAUGGCGUGAACGUUUAAUAACAAUUAAUUUACUACCAAAUACAAUGCUUUCAUUGAUACCAAAUGAAAAAGAUUCAAAUAAAAUAAUUGAUAUAGCAUUACCACGUCGAUAG